AUGUCAUCAGCAAUCCUCUCCCGUUUAGAAACCUGUGUAACUCGCUUGCAAAAAAUCAAUCCAAAAUCAUCUUCUGGUGGUAGUUCUUCAUCAUCAAGCGAUGCUGCUCCUCAAGUUGUUGCCUAUGAAGAAUAUUACAAUGAUAAUAUUGUUCCAUUGUUGGAAACCAUGACAAAGAUUGGAGGUGAAACUGCUCAAAUGAAAGAUGCUGUUGAACAAGGAUUCAAGGGAUUAGGUAAAGUCAUUGCUUUGGCUUCCACUCAUCGUAAACCAUCAAGUAAUUAUGACGAAACUAUUGGUCAAAUUCUUCAAAACAGUGGAAUUGGACAAGCUUUGCAAACAACUGCUGAUUUCCGUUUCAAGAAUUUCAAAUCAACUCAAGUUAAUCAUUUAUAUGCCAUUGAAGAAGGUUUGAAGGUUGUUUUGUGGCCAACUACCAAUACUACUAUUUCCUAUGUUAAGGAAAUGGUUAAUGCAGUUUCAUUCUAUACAAUGAAGGUUUUGACCUCAACAAAGACUAAUAGUGAUGCUGAAGUUCACAAGGCCUAUGUCAACCAAUGGAAAACAUUGAUUGAAGCCAUGUCUGUUUAUGUGAAGGAAUUCCACAUGACUGGAUUGACUUUUAAUCCAAAGGCUGCUCAAGAAGCUAAAUAA